UGUGCAUUCUACCUUUUUCUUUUUACUUAUUCGUGAAUUCAAAAUUUGAUUGUACCCUAAAUGUGUUCUGGUUUUCAAUUGGGUAUUUGCUGUUCUUUGAGUUGAUUUGAAUUAAGGAGUGUGUUCGUUUCAUUUCACUGUAACAAUGAAAAUGUGGACCGCAUAUCACAAAUCUUUUUUUUGUGCCAGUGAUUUUUAAGAUUGUUUAUAUUGUAAAGAGGAUUUUGAGAUAAAAUUGUAAGGGAAGCUCAAUGGAAAACAAGAAAAUGAAACGAUGUAGAUGCAAUAACAAAGUGUUUUCUGCAGAUCUAGCAAUUCAAUUGCAGGAAACAGUGAAGUCAACAAUACAUGAACGAACUUACAGGAAAGUAGAAAAGUAGGGAAAUUGGAGGAGUUAUGGAGAAAACAAUAUGUAUAUAGAAUGUCUAUGGGCAUCCGUAGAGAUGGUAGUUAUUAUUCCUGUUGAAAAAAAUGAAAUGAUACACACAAUCAUAAAGAUUUGAAAAGCUAUUUUAUUCAUACUCAUCCAUAAAUAUCUAUUUUAUUAAUCAGUUGUGUAUGUGUAGUCUAUAUUUCUAAGCUGAGCAUAUGCUUGUGAUGUAAACUUCCUUAUCCCUUCAUCUCUAAAUUGAUUGAAAACUGUAGUUGAGGCUAAAAAGUAGCUCAUUGCUUAUGUAUCAUAUAAAACGUAAUUGAUAAUGUUUAGGUUGUAAAAAUAAUGAAAUAAUUACUUUUUGUCAAAUUUGAGGUUCUUUGUAAUGUUUGGACUUAAAAAUAAUGCGAGUAAAUAGGAUGUGUGGAUCACAUUGUUUUUUUUCUUCUUUUUAUCUUCUUCAUCAAAACGUUUUUAGUCAUUUUUACUUGGGAUUAUUGCCAAUUGGAGAUCAUCUUUCUAAUUUCAAAGGCUUCUUUGGUACAUUUCAUUAAUCAAUAAGUUUGUUCUAAUUUAAAUAGUUUUACCGAUGUUGUUAGAUUUUAGGUUAUGUUGAUUGUUUAUUGUGUCGUAUAACUUAUGUUCUCUAUAUCUUUUCCUUUCAUAGUGUUUCAAAUGCUUGUGCUUAUUUCCCCUUUCAAUUUCUGUUUGUAAUAGCUAGGGCUGCAUGAACUAUUGUUUUAUAUUGUUUUCUAAACUAUUUGCAAGUUGUCUAUGAAAUUGAAUCUCUUUUUUUUUUGUCGCUAAUAAUACUUUCAGCACAUCACAAGGACGUCACUAAAAAUAAUUAUCAGCAACACGCUUAUUUGUCGCUAAAAACCAUUAUCAGCGACACCCUAAGAAGUCAUUGAUAAUCAUUUUUUAGCGACGCGGAUGUAAUGUCACUAAAUGUUAUAACGACACGUUAUUAGCGACGUCUACCAUGACGAACCAAGACGCGUCUGCUAAUAUUUUCAGCGAUGUUUUUUGUCUGUCUCUGAAAAUAUAUUUUGUUGUAGUGGAAGCAAACACCCAACAGAGCCCUCGAGAACUGAGAAGACGGUGAGUGAGAAAUUUGGCGAUGACGAGAAACAAGAGGAAGACGAGAGAGGCACUCACAAUCCACCCCAGAAACAAAUACGCCGAAAAUCCCCCAGAUUUCGCUCUCUUAGCCUCUCUUUAUCCUUCCUUUCAACCCUUCGUCUUCCUCCAUCCUCGACCCAGAAUCGAAUGGACUGACUUCAAUGCCACACGAGAGCUCACCCGGGUCUUGCUUCUCCAUGACCAUGGCCUUAAUUGGUGGAUUCCUGAUGGACAGCUCUGCCCAACAGUACCUAAUAGAUCAAAUUAUAUCCAUUGGCUUGAAGAUCUUCUGUCAUCUGAUAUCAUUGCAAAUACGAAUAGUGAUAGAGGUUGUGUAAGAGGUUUUGAUAUAGGAACUGGUGCAAAUUGCAUCUAUCCACUUCUUGGAGCCUCUCUUCUCGGGUGGAGUUUCGUCGGGACAGAUGUUACUGAUGUAGCUCUAGAGUGGGCUGAAACAAAUGUUAAAAGUAAUCCACAUGUUUCUGAACUUGUUGAAAUUCGAAAGGUAGAUAGUACCUCGAAUACUUUGUCUACAGAAUUACAUGACGGUGUAGCAGUCAAUAGUGAAUCCAAGAAUUCAGAUGAUAUGGAUGGUAGGGCGGUAGGGCCGCCCUCACCCUCAUCCUCAUUAACGGAGACAGUCUACUUGGAGAAGAGAUAUCAUGGUCCUCCCAUACUUCUUGACGUUGUCAAAGAUGGUGAGAAAUUCGACUUUUGCAUGUGCAAUCCUCCAUUUUUUGCGAGCAUGGAUGAAGCAGGAUUGAAUCCAAAGACUUCUUGUGGUGGGACUCUUCAGGAGAUGGUUUGUCCCGGUGGGGAGAGGGCAUUUAUCAGUCGUAUGAUUGAAGAUAGCACCGUCUUGAAGCAGACUUUCCGGUGGUAUACUUCAAUGAUUGGAAAGAAAUCAAACCUCAGCUUCCUGAUAUCUAAACUGUGGAAGGUUGGAGUGACAGUUGUCAAGACUACAGAAUUUGUCCAAGGCCAAACUAGCCGGUGGGGACUCGCUUGGUCUUUUAUGCCCGCAGCACGGAAGAUUAUUUCCACUCAUGUCACUAACAAGAGUGUCUUGUCUUUCAUGCUCGAGGGUCUCUUGCCACGAGUUAAUGCCAUGAGUAUACUGCAAUCGAUUGAACAUUUUCUUAGUACCGGUGGAGCUUCUUGUAAACUGAACACUUCUUCAUUUACUGUAGAUAUUACAGCAUCUGAGGAUCAUUGCCAAGCAAUUCUCAAGAAUGGGGCCUACCAGGUGGACAAAGGUGCUGGUUGUGUAACUGUGAAAGAAUCAGAGUCUCAACCCUCAAAUAAUCUGUGUUUUAGAGUUUCGGUCUUUCAGCAGAUCCCGGGCACGCUUCUUGUGAAAGGCUCCUUGCAUCAUUCAAGUAGUGCUUCUGCAGGCAUGUUCUCACUGAUUUUCCACCGAUUAGAGGAAUUCCUGAAAGCUGAAUCUUGUAGAGAAAAGGUGUCAUAGAGAUCCCUCUGCCUCAACAAAAAAUACUUGUUAAACUCCAUGAUGUGGGAGAAGCCCGUGGCCCGAUCCCUGGUCCCCCGGACCCCAAUCACUGUGCUAAUUAUCGAGCAUAAUUAUUUUUUGGAGCUUUUGAAGCUUGAAUUGAAUCUGUAAGAACAGGCACAGUGUGUUGUGCUAUUACUCGUUUGUUUCCUAUAUGUAGCACAUGAACAAGCGCAGAAUUUUCCAAGUUUCUAACAGAAGACAUUGCUAAAUCUUUAUGAACUUCGUUUCUAUUAAGAA